UAUCGAUAUAGUAGUCGAGCUUCUUGGUGACCUGUCUUACAGCAAUGGCUGCAGAAUUAUCCAUCUCAAGGCAGCACGUAUUCUCUGGAGAGCGUCUAGCAACCUUCAGUGAUGCUGUACUCUCCAUCAUUGCAACAUUCUCUGUGCUUCCACUCAAGUUCAAUCGAGAGAUUAUCGAACACAGUGGAGGUUACAGAAGAUUUGAUUUGGAAGGUUUCUUGCUGGAUCAGUGGCCUCGCUACUUUGUAUAUUUGUACUCCUUUGCUCUAGUGGCUGACAUCUGGUCCAUUCAUUCUGGUGUGUUCAGCAUUGUUGAGAAUGUGAAUGAUGGAGUCAUCUGGCUAAAUUUGCUGCUUCUUUUCUUUGUGAGCUUUUUGCCAUACGCCACUGGGCUUAUCAGCAGCUAUGCCACUUCCCACGAUUCUGAGAUGGCAGCCAUCAUCAUCUGUGCUGGUGUCAUCCUUCUCAUCGGUCUAAAUCUGAUUCUAAUCCUGGGCUAUUCAUUUCGACGCCAGUCUCUCAUUCAUCCUCACCUAGUCAACAACAACAACAUUAGAUCUAUAAAGGCUUCGGUGUACAUUGGCCUGCUGAUUGCCCCCGUCCUGUCUGUGUUGACCAUUGGCUUCAGCUUCCUCUCCGACCAAGCUCCCUGGCUGCCCCUUCUCUUCUUCUACAGCAUACUGCCCGUCUCCCUGGUCGUGAGACUGGUCAUAUACCUCGUCCUUAUUUCUAGGAAGUCCAUUGAAAGGCUACCCUCGAUGAUAUUCAGAGCUGUGGCCAGCAAGAGCAGAACAGAAGCAUUCAGUGAUGGUGUGUUUGCCAUCGUGGCCACUCUCAUUGUGUUGGACUUGACGAGUGAGCAUAUUCCGGAUAAAGACGAAACGAAUGAAUUAUGGACUGCUCUCCGCAAACAACGAUUUGUCUUCUCUUCUUACAUCACCACCUUCAUUGUCACAGGUCUCCUGUGGUUUGUUCAGUACAGCAUGUUCCAUUUCAUAGAGAGGAUCACUCCAAUCAUGGCUGUGGCCAACACCUUUACACUGUUACUGGUGGGCGGCAUUCCUUUCGCUGCAGAAAUUCUCUCCAUCUUUUCUGAUGAGUCAUUUUCGACACAAGCCAUUCUGGGUCCUAACAAGGUGUUGUCCAUCCAAGUGUUCUGCGUUCUGGUCACACUUGCCGGUCUCUUGCAGCUGCUCUUCUGGUGUGUGGCUCACUAUAACAAGAGCUUUUGUAUGUCCACUGAGAUAGACAAGAAGUAUGCUGAAACUCUCGUGUUUGCCAAGAUCAUGAUCAUUCCGAUAACUGGUGUUGUUGUCUACUGGGGGACGUUCAGUAAAACAUUCAAUGAUAACCAUGUCUACACAAUUCUGGCGGGUGUGUCCCCACUGCUCUUCCUGCUGCUCAAACUAGCCAUAACGUUGUAUUCCAAGUGCUGUAAUGCCCUGAAGCGCUCUGGGAGGAGGAGUGGGGGGUCUAGCAGAGUGGCCUCUCCAGCUAGCAUCAAUCAGUUCAGUCAUGGAGGACGAGAAAACAGCCCUGCCUUUACACCCACAACAGGACACACAUUUUAAGUUUGUCUAGCCCCUAUUUUAUACGUAGCUUAUUCAUUAUGUGCGUUAAUUAUGUGUUUUGUGUUGUAAUUAUGAAUGUUUAACGAGACAAGUUUGACUGAAGACAAGUCGCUCUUAUUCUGAGCUCAUAAAAUGUUCUUAACGAGAA